AUGUCCACAGCUGAUAUUGGAAUAUUUUCUUCAUGUUCUUCAUCACUUGGAGUUGAUGAAUCGUUUGAAGUUGGAUCCCUUGAAUUUGACAAUGAUUUGGAUUUAUUGUUCAAUACUGCUGAAUCAGAAAAAAAGUUUAUGACCAUUCAAGAUGAAGAAAUAUUGUUACAGUUUAAGAAGACUUCAGAAGAAAGACGAAAACAAGAUGAUGUUGAAUUAGAGAAACUGUUGGGGGAUUUGCAUCGGAAGAAGCAGAUUGAAGAGGAAAAAAGAUUGGAAGCUGAAAAGAAAGCCCAGGAGAAUGAGAAACGUCGACGUAAACUUGAGAUGAUGCGGCAAGCAUUAUCUGAUGAUAAAUCACCUGUGAAAAGUGAUGGAGAAUUAUUCUUUGUUGAUCCAGAUAAUCCAGAUAGCAACAGUAGCUUUGAUUCUCAAUCCACAGUCCCUAAUAGUGAAAAAAGUGACAAAGUUAAUUCUUCAUUGUCCACAAGCAGCAACCCCAGUAACUCUCUUUUAUCUUCUCCUCUUGCACCUUCUCAAGCAUCUGCUCCUAUGACAGACUUGACUAUGAUAGUAACUACACCAGUUAAUCCUCAAGAACAAAGCUGUGAUAAGCCUACAGAAAAUCUAGAGGGCUGUUUGCUUCAAGAACAAAAUGAACCAGAUAUUGUAAAAAGUGCAAAACCUCGUAACCUGACCCCUCCCAGUACAUUGGACACUAAACAUCAGCAACUUGAACUUCCUACUGUGUUGGACCCUCCAGUUGCUCCACCUAGAAGAAAGAAAAAACCAAAGGAAAUUGUUGUUAGUAAUGAAGAUCUCAGCAUUUAUUAUCCUGCCACUGCUAGUCCUGGCUUACCUGCUGAACUGUUGACACCAGUCUCAACUGUGGAAAGUUUGACCAAAGAACUUGAACAUUCCCUUGACCUUCAAAGUGCCUUAGAAGGAAGUAGAAUCAUUAAUGCUGAGGAAGCUGAAGCAGGAGCUGUGAAUUCUGACCAAGAUUCAGUGUCUCCUAUCUUGGAACAAGAUGUGAUGACUCUAACAGAGAGUAGUAACACAUUAGGCAAUGACAAAUGUUCAGUGAGCUCAUUACAAGCUGAAGAUCCCAUAAAAGACAGCAGCAAUCCAUCUGGCGAUGAUAGUCCAAUGGUUCGACCACGUUCCAAUUCUGGCCGCUCUCUUACUGACCAGGAAAUCUUAGAAUCGGUGUUUAUUACCAACCUUGACACAGGCCAGAAAGUACCACUGAGUGUUGCUGAAGAUGAAUUACCUCGCUGUAUGAACCCUUUGGAUUUACACAUUAUUCGCAGAACACAUGAAUAUCUUGGUGAAGGGGAUCUUCAUAAGGCAGGACAGUCAGAUGAAGACGAGAGUAAAUCAGAAACCGUCCGACACUCAUCUGACCAACAAGGGACCAGGAGCAAGGCCACAAAGAUCAAGAAAUUCCUUGGUAAAACUGUUGGCAAGACAAUGAGCCGAGUAAAGUCAGUAGCAGAUCAAGGCAAGAAAGCUCUUCAAGGUGAUGAAACUGGAAUGGAAGAAGAGUAUUUCAUUGAUGGCAAGAUCUUUAAAAUUAAAGUAUCCAGCAGCAAUAAAGGACCAUGGGAUUUUUCUCAACCUCGAUUGCUUCAAGAUCUCAGUGGAGAACAUUCGAAUGCAAUUUGGACCAUGAAAUUUUCUCCUUGUGGGCGUUUAUUGGCAACUGGUGGUCAGGAUAGUGUCUUAAGAAUUUGGGUUCUUAAAAGUGCCUAUAGUUACUUUGAAGAUUUACGACAGAAGUAUGUUGAAGCAAAAUUAUCACCCUCUGCAUCACGAGAAAGCUUGGAUUCGCUUGCAUCAUCGGAGGCUUCCAGCCUAGAUCAAAGAUGA